AUGAUCGCACCUCCUCUGGCUGUCCAGGACCCGAACGAAGGCAACAUCGGGAACCAGCCGCUGGAGUUCAUUGUCAAGCUGCGAGGGCCUCCGUGCAGCCGUCUUCGGCUCCCCACUCCAUUUUCAAGAGUGAUGGAGGUUGAGCAGCCGCCGGGGCUGAGGCUGCACAUGAGGGGCUGCAGUAAUGGCAGCAUGCAGGCGGACAUGGAGUUCCCUGCCCCUCAUGUCAUGCUUCUCCGGCGUGGUUGGAAGACCUUUGCUCGUGCACACAGCUUGGCGGGCGGGCACGUUUUCCAUUUCAAGUUAAUGGAUGCGACCCCGCUCUCUGUCAAAGUCUUUGGAUGCUCAGGAGCUCGCUUAUGGUGCUGCGCGGAGAGCUCGACCGAUGAAGAAAGCUCCUCCUCAAGCGAUAGUGAUGAGGAGGGCAGUGACGGUGAUGACGACGGCACGGACGGGGAGGACAACGGCUCCGACACCGGCUGA